AUGGGAGACGACCCAAUCAAUCCGCACAUCCCUCAGUAUAUUACUGAGCGCCCGUGGUACAUUGACGAUGGGGGGCGGGCGAGUUUGAGUCACCAACGGAACCACAAGGUCCGGAAGGAAAGUAGUUUUGUUCGUUGCGUGAAGAAGGGAGCCAAAGAGGACGCGGGGGUUGGCACCCGGUUUAAGAAAGGCGCCUGUCCGAACUGUGGGGCGACUUCACACUCGGUGAAAGACUGCAUCGAACGGCCCCGGAAAAAAGGAGCAAAGUGGGCGGGGAGGAAGUUGGCGCCUGACGAAUACAUCCCUGUGAACGAAGACUUGUCGUUUGACGCGAAACGAGACCGCUGGGCGGAUGAGGACGGACAGACUUACCAAGAGCAAUUGGAAUUGGACAGAAUGUUCACAUCUGAUGGUGACCAUGACCACCUCAGAGAUGACCAGCUCAGAGAUGAGGGAGACAGUGGCGCGAAUGGUUCGCCGUUGAGUACGAGUUUGGCAGGCCCCGGUUUUUCGAGUUGUGCGAAUUUGAGAAUCAGAGAAGACACCGCCAAGUACCUAGUCAACCUUGACGUGGACUCCGCCUUCUUUGAUCCCAAGAGCCGCAGCAUGCGUCAGGAUCCAACUUUCGGACUUGACGAAGCGCGUAAGGCCAAGAUCGAGUUCCGUGGUGACAAUGUUCUUCGUGAAAGCGGGGACGCUCCUAGAACGAAACAACUUCAAGUGUUCGCGUGGCAAAAUGAUCUGCACGCUGUAGCCAAUCCCACCGCCACGGUGAUGGACUUCGAGAAAGAUCGCGCUCAGAAAAAAAACCGUCCAGAUGACGCUGCCCUUGCCGCCAAAUACAAACCGAUCAACCACGUGUCCGACGAUGAAUAA